CCAUCAAGCGGCGGGUUCCAGCCACAUGAAAAGCAGGUUCGGGACUAAACGGAGAGGAUUGAAGCUGGUUUAAUACAUGCACCAAUUCUCGGUUCAACCUUAACCCAGUCCAUGUUGCUAGGGCCAGAGGUGUGCAGCAGAAAACUGAUCAAACUCCAUUCAGGUUGCAACUUUUCAGGAAAGGAGCUUGAGAUACCCUCUCAGCUCUGUCUCACUUUUCAAUUUCUCAUUCUUGAAUACAUGUGCUGAACUUCUCACGUCAGUUUCGAACCACUCCAGCCCCAACCAUGUCCUUGGCGCCGUGUCAGGUCGCCAUUGCGUGGGUCUGCACGCUCGCUGUCUGAAUUGAUCUUUAGCUUUCUUAUCGCAUCCUUCCGAGAUUGGCAGCAACCUUGGGAUAUCGCCGCAUCUUGUGAGCGGGUGUUUGAGCGGAUUCCUGCUACACGCCUGGAUCGUAAGAAGGUUUGUGAAGGCAUUCUGAACAAAAAGUUGCGGUGAUAGUGAAAGGAAACGGUUUAGUGGCAGGAUGACGGAAAAGCAGGAGGACGUUGGACCGAAGGUGGAGCCGGAGAGGUGGUAUCCUGUAACACUCGGUUCAACGCUUGCCGGAAGCUCUGGCGACCGCCUGUACACGAUGCGCUACACCUUCAAGCCGGCAUCUGUUCGCAGCUCCACCUCCGGCUCGCUCCACAUCAGCGGCGACAACGAGGUCACAAUGGAGUUCCACCCCCCGGCCGCUGGGAAGCCCAACUUCGUCUUUCAGGGCAAAGCCGAACCUUGCAAAGAACUAGAGGCGGUCCUCUUCUUCGACGGAGAGAGCUUCACGAUCGAGAAGCUAGCUCGCAGCAUAGGCAGUCUGCGGCACAUCAAGCAGCAGAGCGGCGGGGGGAUGACGUCAGCGGGAGCGGAGAGGCAGGGCGGGGCGGCGGUUGAAGCGGAAAGGAUAGACUCGCCAGUACAGGAGAGGGACGGCGGCGGCGGGGCGAAAAGCGAUGGGGAGCAGGAAGAGAGGCCGGAAGUCGGCAAGAAGGGACCGAAGCAAGGCGGCAAGGGUCCGACAAGCCAAAAGCACCCCCCCGAACGACCCUCCGGGAAACGAAAACCGGGCGCGACGGAAGCCCCAGGACCAAAGCCCUCGAAAGCCGGUAAAAAAGCAGAAAAGCCGCCCGAAAGCUCUGUCAGGGCAGACCCGGCGCCUGCUGACGUGGAGCACAUCGAAGAGGAGGAGGUUGUCGAGGAGAUCGUCGAAGAGAUCAUUUACGAGGAGGAGGAGGCGCGGCCGGAGGCGCCCCCCCGGCCGAAGGCCUCGGCGUCGACGCGAGUGAAGAGCGGGUUGGUGGAGAGCUCGAGCGACAGCGGGCACAGCUCCGGGUCCGGCAGCGAUGACGACAGCGAUGACGAUGAUGACGACGAGGACGACGACGAUGACGACGGAGAUGACGACGGCAGCUCGGGGAGCGACGAUGACUCGUAGAUAGGUUUUCGAGGAAACACAUUCAUAAGUUGUACAGUACUUUAUACGUAUACUUACGUCCUGCUGCUGCACGCUUCUGGGAUUGCCUGAGACUCAGCAAUGCGUUUUUGGGUCGAGUUGCAACCCUCAGAUACAAUUCCGUGUUUUGGAUAACUCUGGACUGGUUGGAGCCUAUUGGGUUUUGGGCAUUGAAACAUCUUUCUGGAUCGUUACUCCAUGGCCAGAUGUUCGAAUGUACCGGGC